AUCUGUUUGGCUAUAAAUGGGAGGACGCCUUUUCCUUUCUUGAACACUAUAACUGUUUCUCUUUCUCUCUCUAUAAUCCUCUCCUCUCCUCUCCUCCCUGUAAUUGGUGACUUUUGGUGAAGCUCAGACCUAGCAGGUUUUCUGAACUGCAGUAUCCAACGAGGUAAAGAACCAGAAUCCCAACAAUUCCAGCUCUUCUCUCAUGCUUGUCUGCAUGUUCAGGAGAUAAAAUUGGGAUGGCGAGAGAGAAGAUAAAGAUCAAGAAGAUUGACAACGUGACUGCGAGGCAGGUUACCUUUUCCAAGAGAAGACGAGGGCUUCUAAAGAAAGCUGAAGAGCUUUCUGUUCUGUGUGAUGCUGAGGUUGCGCUCAUCAUCUUCUCAGCUACUGGAAAGCUCUUCGAGUUUUGCAGCUCAAGUAUGAAGGAUAUACUUGAAAGGUAUAAUCUGCACUCUAAUGGCCUUAAACAAAUGAACCAACCUUGUCUUGAACUGCAGCUAGAGAAUAACAACUUCAUCAGAUUGAGCAAGGAAAUGGCAGAUAAGACACACCAACUAAGGCAGACAAGGGGAGAGGAACUCGAUGGACUAAAUUUGGAGGAAUUGCAAAAACUAGAAAAAAUGCUUGAAGCUGGACUUACCCGUGUUCUUGAGACCAAGGAAGACCGGUUUCUGACUGAGGUUAACGCACUUGAAAGAAAGGGAGCUCAGUUGAUGGAAGAGAACAGUCAGUUAAGACAGCAGAUGAUGAAGAUGUUGUCCAAGGGAAAAAGAGCCGUGGUUGUGGAGUCAGACACCGUGGUCCAGGAAGAAGGCCUGUCCUCAGAAUCCGUCACCAAUGUUUGCAGCAGUGGCGGCGGCCCGCCUUCUUUAGAGGAUGAUAGUUCUGAUACAUCUCUCAAAUUAGGGCUUCCGUUCUCUACCUGAAAAAAUCAAGGGAGCAGCAUGGAGCAGACUCAUGAAAAACUUAAGUAUGGGUUCUGGUCAUUUUAAUUAGAUAUCUUGAAAGUUUUAGUCAAACAGUACAAGUGACGAGAAGUGGUUGUGGAUAUGUUUUUUUCGCCUUUGCCCGCUGUGGCUACUCUGAAAUUAAUUUGUGCGUUUAUGCGUAUGCUUGCAAAACUACUAUGAAAAUUUUGCUA